AUGGGGAACUAUGACAAUGGUGAUGAUGAGGUUCCAUCAGGAGCCCUGAUAGUAAAAAUGGUCCCAGGGGAACCAGAGCAAAGAAGAAAGUGGGCUCAGGCCUGGAGUGAGUGCGGGGAGUCGCCGCGGGCCGGAGCCUCAAGCAGGCCUCACGUGAGGUCGCACCUGGCCCAAACUUCUGAAGCACCUGCGGGCGAGACAGGGAAACCCUUGGCAUCACCCGCAGGAGGCGGGGGCAUCUGCUGCCGCCAACCCGGUCUCGGGUACCACGAGCCUGAGGGGAAGCGGCCCGUAGCCCCGCAGCGUCUCGCGAGAUCUCGUCAGCUCAGCCCAAGUACUGCGAGUUCAGAAUUAAAAAAAAAAAAAAAAAAUCAACACAAAACCCUGAGGACUAGAGGUUAUGUCAUGGAGGUGCUGCCGAGGUGGCAGCUGCCACGGAAGCAUCCGCAAUCCGCGAGCGCCAAGCAGGGGCCUGCCGCGCCCAGUCACCAGCCGGGAGCGGUCCCCGGGCUGGUCGGCCCAGACCCGGGCUCUGGGCCAAUUGACGCGCAGCCCCAGGGGCGGGGAGAGAAGGAGGCGGCUGGGGGGCCUCGGCUCAUCCUCGCCGCAAGGGCCGGGGACGGGCUGGGCAGACCCCUGGGGCCCACCCCCAGCCAGAGCCGCUUCCAGGUGGACCUGGUUUCUGAGAACGCUGGGCGGGCGGCGGCGGCGGCAGCUGCGGCGGCGGCGGCUGGUGCCGGAGCGGGGGCCAAGGAGACCCCAGCGGAAGGGAAAGCUAGCGGCGAAAGCGGGCUGGCCAAGGGCAGUGAGGAAGCCAAGGGCCGUUUCCGCGUGAACUUCGUGGACCCGGCUGCAUCCUCGUCCGCCGAGGAGAGUCUGUCCGAUGCGGCGGUGGUCGCGGGCGACGGGCCCAACGUGAGCUUCCAGAACGGAGGGGACACAGUGCUGAGCGAGGGCAGCAGCCUGCACUCGGGCGGCGGCAGUGGCCACCACCAGCACCACUACUAUGACACCCAUACCAACACCUACUACCUGCGCACCUUCGGCCACAACACCAUGGACGCUGUGCCCAGGAUCGACCACUACCGGCACACAGUAGCUCAGCUGGGCGAGAAGCUGCUCCGGCCCAGUCUGGCAGAGCUCCACGACGAACUAGAAAAGGAGCCUUUUGAGGAUGGCUUUGCUAAUGGAGAAGAAAGCACACCAACCAGAGAUGCUGUGGUCACUUAUGCUGCAGAAAGUAAAGGAGUUGUGAAGUUUGGCUGGAUCAAGGGUGUAUUAGUACGUUGCAUGUUAAAUAUUUGGGGUGUGAUGCUCUUCAUUAGAUUGUCAUGGAUAGUAGGUCAAGCUGGAAUAGGUUUGUCAGUUCUUGUAAUAGCGAUGGCUACUGUUGUGACAACGAUCACAGGAUUGUCUACUUCAGCAAUAGCUACAAAUGGAUUUGUACGAGGAGGAGGAGCAUAUUAUUUAAUAUCGAGAAGUCUAGGGCCGGAAUUUGGUGGUGCAAUUGGCCUUAUCUUCGCUUUUGCCAAUGCUGUUGCAGUUGCUAUGUAUGUGGUCGGAUUUGCAGAAACUGUGGUGGAGUUGCUAAAGGAACAUUCCAUACUUAUGAUUGAUGAAAUCAAUGAUAUCCGAAUUAUUGGAGCUAUUACAGUGGUGGUCCUUUUAGGGAUAUCAGUAGCUGGAAUGGAGUGGGAGGCAAAAGCUCAGAUUGUUCUUUUGGUGAUUCUACUAUUAGCUAUUGCUGAUUUCAUCAUAGGAACAUUUAUCCCAUUGGAGAGCAAGAAGGCCAAAGGUUUCUUUGGUUAUAAAUCUGAAAUAUUUAAUGAGAACUUUGGACCAGAUUUUCGAGGAGAGGAGACUUUCUUUUCUGUAUUUGCUAUCUUUUUUCCUGCUGCAACUGGUAUUCUGGCUGGAGCAAAUAUCUCUGGUGAUCUUGCAGACCCUCAGUCAGCCAUACCCAAAGGAACACUCUUAGCCAUUUUAAUCACUACGGUGGUUUACAUAGGAAUUGCAGUAUCUGUCGGUUCUUGUGUUGUUCGAGAUGCAACUGGGAGCGUUAAUGACACUAUAAUAACAGAGCUAACAAACUGUACUUCUGCAGCCUGCAAAUUAAACUUUGACUUUUCUUACUGUGAGAAUAAUCCUUGUUCUUUUGGCCUAAUGAACAACUUUCAGGUAAUGAGCAUGGUAUCAGGAUUUGCACCACUGAUUUCUGCAGGUAUUUUUUCAGCCACUCUUUCGUCUGCACUAGCAUCCCUUGUGAGUGCCCCCAAAAUAUUUCAGGCUCUAUGUAAGGACAACAUCUACCCAGCUUUCCAGAUGUUUGCUAAAGGUUAUGGGAAAAAUAAUGAACCUCUUCGUGGCUACAUCUUAACAUUCUUAAUUGCACUUGGAUUCAUCUUAAUUGCUGAACUGAAUGUUAUUGCUCCAAUUAUCUCUAACUUCUUCCUUGCAUCAUAUGCUUUGAUCAAUUUUUCAGUGUUCCAUGCAUCACUUGCAAAAUCUCCAGGAUGGCGCCCUGCAUUCAAAUACUACAACAUGUGGAUCUCUCUUAUCGGAGCAAUACUUUGUUGCAUAGUGAUGUUUGUCAUUAACUGGUGGGCUGCAUUGCUAACAUAUGUAAUAGUCCUUGGACUGUAUAUAUAUGUAACCUAUAAAAAACCAGAUGUGAACUGGGGAUCUUCAACACAAGCCCUGACUUACCUGAGUGCAUUACAGCACUCAAUCCGUCUCUCUGGAGUGGAAGACCAUGUGAAAAACUUUAGGCCCCAGUGUCUUGUUAUGACUGGCGCUCCAAAUUCACGCCCAGCUUUACUUCAUCUUGUUCAUGAUUUCACAAAAAAUGUUGGUUUGAUGAUCUGUGGCCAUAUACAUAUGGGCCCUCGAAGACAAGCCGUGAAAGAGAUGUCCAUUGAUCAAGCCAAGUAUCAACGAUGGCUUAUUAAAAAUAAAAUGAAGGGUUUUUAUGCCCCAGUACAUGCAGAUGACUUGAGAGAAGGUGCACAGUAUUUGAUGCAGGCAGCUGGUCUUGGGCGUAUGAAACCAAACACACUUGUCCUUGGAUUUAAGAAGGAUUGGUUGGAAGCAGAUAUGAGAGAUGUAGAUAUGUAUAUAAACUUAUUUCAUGAUGCCUUUGACAUACAAUAUGGAGUUGUGGUCAUUCGCUUAAAAGAGGGUCUAGAUAUAUCUCAUCUUCAAGGGCAAGAAGAAUUACUGUCAUCACAAGAGAAAUCUCCUGGUGUCAAGGAUGUGGUACUUAGUAUGGAGUAUAGUAAAAAAUCAGAUUCAGAUACUUCAAAACCAUCUGGUGAGAAAUCCAUUACACAUAAAGAUGAGGAAGAGGAUGGCAAGACUCCAACUCAACCACUGUUGAAAAAAGAAUCCAAAGGUCCUGCUGUGCCUUUAAAUGUAGCUGAUCAAAAACUUCUUGAAGCUAGUACGCAGUUUAAGAAAAAACAAGGAAAGAAUACCAUUGAUGUCUGGUGGCUUUUUGAUGAUGGAGGUUUGACGUUACUGAUACCUUAUCUUCUGACUACCAAGAAAAAAUGGAAAGACUGUAAGAUCAGAGUUUUUAUUGGUGGGAAAAUAAACAGAAUAGACCAUGACAGGAGAGCGAUGGCAACUUUGCUUAGCAAGUUCCGAAUAGACUUCUCCGAUAUCAUGGUCCUAGGAGAUAUUAAUACUAAACCAAAGAAAGAAAAUAUUGUAGCUUUUGAUGAAAUGAUUGAACCAUACAGACUUCAUGAAGAUGAUAAAGAACAAGAUAUUGCAGAUAAAAUGAAAGAAGAUGAGCCGUGGCGAAUAACAGAUAAUGAGCUUGAACUUUAUAAGACCAAGACGUACCGGCAGAUCAGGCUAAAUGAAUUAUUAAAGGAACAUUCAAGCACAGCUAAUAUUAUUGUCAUGAGCCUCCCAGUUGCACGAAAAGGUGCUGUGUCUAGUGCUCUCUACAUGGCAUGGUUAGAAGCUCUAUCUAAGGACCUACCCCCAAUUCUUCUAGUCCGUGGGAAUCAUCAGAGUGUCCUUACCUUCUAUUCUUAAAUGGUCUACACAGUUGACAGCCCUCCAGACAGUACUUCAGUGCCUAGUGAAGUAACUGAAAUAUCUUCAAUGGCAUGUUAACAUCACAAUGGCAAACUGUGACUUUACUUUCACUAUAUCAUUAAUUUGAAAGCACACAGGGAAGUUGCUCCAUUGAUACAUGUAUGGAGACUUCAGUUUUAGUCAAAUCCUUAUCUCAGUCUCACUGAAUGAUGAUUCUUUGUUGGACUGAAGCUCAUGGAAGUAAAGUUUUUCUUUGCUACUUGAACAGCAAUAAAAGUGUGUUAUUUUCGAUUGAAGAAAGGAGUACAAAAAGCCUUUAGCCUUGAGGUGCCUUCUGAAAUUAACCAAAUUUCAUCCAUAUAUCCUUUUAUAAAUUUAUAGAAUGUCAAACUUUGCCUUCAGCUAUUUUUAUUUCCAGUUUCUUCCAUUUUUUGAAGAAAAUGUACACUGCUGUUCUUCCAUUGACCAAUUAGCUUUGAGUACUGUAUGUUUUCUAUUACUUUUGUAAAGGUAUCUGUUAGAUUUAGGGCAGUUAAAAAAAAAUGGGGAAAAAAGGCAAUCAAAAGUGACUCCAAGGUUAGGUUUGUAUGAGUAUGUAUAAAUGCAGACCUUGGCGGGGGCGGGUUAAGGUGUAAUAAGCCACUUUUUUUUUUUAAACUUCUGAUUGGCUAUUUAUACUUUUAUUUUUUUAAACCUUAAGGAAGGUUAAAGAUUUAUUCAGUACUUCUGUAUACCAUGCUGAAAAGUUACAUAGUCAUUCUUUGAAAAACAAUUUGUCAAGAUCAUUUGUAUUUGUAUUUAUUAGAAAAGAAGUCUUAGAGUUUUCCUUAAGUGUAUGGAACUUUUAUGAAUUACUAUAAGAUUUUUCUGGAGGAAAAUUAGACAUAGCAAUGUCAUUUCAUAGACAAUUUCAAUACACACUAUUGGAAUUUCACUAUACAUCUUUUAUAAACCAUUAAAUGUUUAAUGUUUCACCAAAUGGUUAAAUGGACCACUUGUUUUUUAGUAAAAUGUUUUUAGGCCUAAUUCAUUCAAUUGUCAAUAGUCUUAAUAUACUCAGGUUUGAACAGAUUAUUCUGAACAUUUAAAUUUAACCCAUUCUUAAUACUUUAAACCUUUUGUGUUAAGAAAAACUGCCAGUUUGUGCUUUGGAAAUGUCUGUUUUGACAUCAUAGUCUACUAGAACAAUUUUGACAGUGCAUAUGUACUGUUACUAAAGCUUUAUAUACAAUUAUUAAUGUGAAAUUUUCUUUUUUUUUAUUCAAGGAAGGAUUUCCUGAAAACAUUUCAAGGGAUAUAUGUCUACAUAUAUGUAUGUGUAGUAUAUGCAUACACAGAUGCAUAUAUGUAUAUAUAAAGGCAUUUAUGUUGCUGGUUAUUUGCAUUUUAUAGUGAUCAGGAUUCAUUAGAUUAAAAUAUUUUUGUUUUAGUAAUAAGUUCAAAAUUAGAUUGAAAGGUACAAGUUUCAUGGAGAACAAAAGUGAGCCAGUUUGAAAGGCAUAUAACUUCAUGGUUAUUCAGUUAGAAAAUGGGGAGAACAUUUCAUCUAAAGUACUGUUCAGUGGGUUCAUGGAUAUAAAUUCAGUGGUAGAACUUUAUGCAGGUUUCAUCAAUUGAAAUCUAUAGAAUUUAUGCAGUCUUUUUGCUGCAUGAGUGAACUAAAUUAAUAUAAAAAUGGAGAUCUAAUUUUGAAUUCAGAAGAAAAAAGUAAUCAUUUUUCAAAAACUUUUCCUACAUUAUAACUCACAGCAUUGUUUCAUUUAUUGGAGGUUUUGUAGUGUUUGGGGGGAAAGACAGUAGAAAAUGUCAUAUUAUUCAGUGAACAAUAUCAUGUUUGAACUUUUCUUUAAUGGAUAAUAGGGCAUGAACUGAGUGCUGCUAUGUUGAAAUGUGCACAGGUACACUUAUUUUUUUUUUUUUUUUAAGAUUUUCCCAUUCAGGAAAACAUUGUGAUCUGUACUACAGGAACCAAAUGUCAUGCAUCAUACAUGUGUGUAUAAAGUACAUAAAAUAUAUCUAAAUAUGCAUAAUGGGGGGAGGGUAAUAUUGUCUGAAAUAAUGUAAGAUGCUUUCUCUUUUUAAAAAAUGCAUUACUUUCACUUAACACUAGACACAGGUCAAAAUUUUCAAGGUUUUAGUGCUCUAAUAAAUUUCAACAGUUAAUUCUAGAAAUGCUAGCUAGUGCUAAAGCUGUUAUUUUUGCAAAUUUGAUUCUUAAUGCCAAAUUUUUGUUUUAGUUCUAGUCAUUGUCGAUAAUUUAGAAAUAAUUAUAUAAUGGCAUUGACAGUUCACUAUUCCUAUAAAAGGUAAACAAUUCAUUGGGUUUAGAGAGAAUGAUGGUGUUAAGUUGAUUAACAGUUAAUUAAAUCAAAUAUUUAUUUGUUACAUUAUUUUAGGUUUCUUUUACGUUCUUUUUAUAUGCUUUGACAUAUUUUUAAAGCUAUGGUAAUAAUUUAAAGAUUUAAACUCUGGUAGAUAUCUGUCUACCAAGUUUGAAAAUGUAGUAUUUUGAUAAUACUGUACUGUAACUGUCAUAAAAAUGCUUUUCUAAUGUUUUAACAUUGAGUAUUGCAGUUGCUGCUUUGUACAAAGGUUACUGCAAUAAAAGAAGUGGAUUCAUUAAAA